CGUUCGGUGUUUCCUUCAAACUCCUCUCUGAUAUUUUGCGCUGCGGACUCUCUUGCGUGGUCUGCGUGAGAGAUACCUGGGAAAAAAUGGUGUCUCGACUUCACCUAGUGGUUGUCUUAGUUUGGCUGUCAGUUUGCCAGGCAUGGCAGCUACGUAAAAUAGCCACUUUGGACAUGCCAAACGCUGCCAUUGCAACUGUCCUUAAAAACCCGACUACUGGUCUGUAUGAUGCUGUCGUAUCCACCUUCAACGCCAUCCCCCUGACCACCGAUAACAUCUACAUCAUCCGUGACGUGGCAGGCCAGAUUCAAGCCGACCAAGGCCUGAUAGCCGAGGUACUGACGGACGAGUAUGCGUGGCCCAACGAAGUAGGGGCGGUACCUGAGGAUGUGUUUGGUCGGGAUGGUAUCUGGUGGACAGCCACUGGUUUCUUGGUACCGACUAAAACUGAUGGUGUAGUCGCUCUGAUGGACACCAGGCUCAUGGUCCCAGCAACUACAUAUGACAUUUCUAGCAAAGCCGCGGACCGGACAAAAUGGUUCUAUCACCGGGUGGAGUGGAGCGACAUGAACAAAGAUGGUCGUAUUGAUGCCCUAACUGCCAGGGCUUACCUCAAUACAAAUGGAACAGCUGUUUGUGAAGCAGUCUGGCUGGAACAUCCCCGUUUCGGGGAUCCGUUGACCCAGCCCUGGACGACUAAUGUACUGUUCUCGGGCCCUGACGCCCUCUUUCGAUUCGAGAAGAUGACCAUCCCGGGUGGCAGACAACUUGAGGUCAUGAUCAGCGCCCAGUACUUCUCAGAGAAACUCGUUGUUUCCUGGGUUGAAGGACUUACGUCCAGCUGGUCCGAUCCUUCCAAGAUUCAGCACAGAGUUAUUGCAGAUAUUCCUGAGAAUCGGUAUUUUGAUAUUGAGCUCGUUGAUCUUAAUCUGGACGGGAAUGUGGAUUUGCUGCUCUCAAUAAACAGUGAGACCGAUGGAAAACUCGUAGCUUAUGAGAUCCCGCGAGAUUUCCGAACCGGUAUCUGGAGAUCUCACGUGAUUGCUGAGGGAUUCAAACCAAGUAAUCUAAUUGUACUAGAAGGCAACGGUUCACCGGGGAGUGCGCAUGCCUUCUAUCCAGGACCUGCUGGUGAUAGGAUCAAACCCCUCAUCCUCCUAACAGGAGAUGAUGAUAGCAACGUGUACAUCUUCGAGAGCACUGCAGACAACGACCCAUCCGUGUGGAGCUACACUCAAACCUCCAUCUUCUACGCCAAGGGGACGGUAGGCGGUCCCGCCAUCAAAGACAUUGACGGUGAUGGAUACGCCGAGGUCUUCAUCCCAGCUUGGUCGGAGGGAACUCUUAACGUCUACACUUUUAAACCUUGAGCCAAAGUGUACAAAAUGUUACACCUCAAUUGCUGUACGGUUUAAAGAGUUAAAUUAAACUAUGCUAUAAUGAAACCGCUCUACAGCUUUUGUGGAUUAAAACCAAUUGAAUUAUACUUAAGGAUACUACGAAUAUACUGAUCCAUACAUCAAAGUUACACUUUCGUCAGAUGAUUGCCCAAACUAGGUUUUAGAAUAACCAAGUCACCAUGUUUCAAAGGUCUGGGACUCUGGGUCACAAGAAAUCUCACUUAAAUGAUAUUUUUGUGUUGCCGAGGCAUAAUUCCAGCAGUAAAUAAAGCCAUCGAAUUAUGAGCUUA